CAUGUAGGCUACUUUCUCCGAUUAAGACCAGCAACCAUUCAUGUUGUUGGACUACUGCUGUCGUUGCUGUGGAUUCACUCUCAUAAAACGCCAUGGACCUUUCUCGCUCAAGUCUGCACCCAGUGAUACCUGGGUCGUUCUGCAGAAUUUGCUGAUGUGCAUGGUGUGCUUCUACUCUCUCUACUACCUUACAGUCAGUCUCUGCAUUGGAGUGUUCAGAGUUUACGAGAUCAACAGCUUGUUGGCUCCCUUUGACUACACAACACAACCAUCAUGGCAGAGUCCCAAAUACUUGGUUGGAGUCAUAUCCACAGAAGUGACUUAUGUUUUGGGAGGGCUGCUGUUCGCCUGGAUUGUGGAGGAGUGGGUUUGGGAUUAUGCCAUAACUGUCACACUGCUGCACAUUGCGAUGACGGUGGCAGUAAUGUCAGACUUCCCUUCAGCUGAGCAUUGGUGGAUUGCUCUAGGUUCAGGCUUGGUGAUGAUGAUAUUUGGAGGACAGCUUCUGGCCUACAAACUCUUCAGGAACAACUUUGUCUAUCCAGAUGAACUGCAGAACUUCUAAUUAAACAAAAAAAAAAAAAAUGGGGGCAAAAAGAAAAAAAAUAUAUACAAUUAUAUACUUGUGUGUAAAAAAAAAAAUGUAUUUCUUAACUUGAUAGCUUGGUUCAAUAGCUAAUAUGAGUCUUAAAUUGUACAAAUGUCCUUAUUUUGUCUAUUUUAUUUUUUCUUUUCCUUUUUUUAACUCAUUCUGUACAGGUUACUGUAAAUGUUUUGUAUUCAUUCACGCUUAAGUCUAUAAACUAACAAUGAUACAAAUGGAAAGAUUUUUAAGUAAAUAUAGUAGCACACUGACUAUUUGUGGAGUGAAAAGGAACAUUGAUACUUUUUCUGUUAAAUCAGUAAAACAUGUAGAAUGUGUUAUGUGACAGAUCUAUAUAAAGUGUGAAAUCUUUGUAUAUGUUUGGAGAUGAAAUAAAACUAUUUAUUCGUGG